AUUACAUCUCCAACCAUGAAGCUGUUUGCCAUUUCUUUGGUUUGUAUGGUUUCGAUCGGUGUGCAAACUGUUUGUACGAAGUUGCUGUACAAAAAUGUGGAAACGUUUGACUUUGAUAACGAGCUGGAUAGCCGCAACGAUGAGCAGGGAAAGUCAAGAUCCAAUCGAACUCAGGAACGCAUCAAUCUUACCGUACCAGGCACUAAGUGGUGUGGACCGGGUAAUACAGCAAGCGAUUACGAUGAUCUUGGUUCAAACUCAGAAGUGGACAAGUGCUGUCGCGAUCAUGAUCAUUGUGAUAAUAUUCCAGCCGGUGAGACUAAAUAUGGACUGAAAAAUAACGAUUACUUCACGAGGUUGCACUGCAAAUGUGAUCGUGACUUUCAGAACUGUCUGCGCAGCGUUAACACGACCUUCUCCAACAAGCUCGGCAACUUCUACUUCACCGUCAGAGAUCAGUGCUAUAAGAAACAGCACCCAAUAGUGGACUGUGCAGAGCACACCAACAAGGUGUUUCUUCGCCGUUGCGUACGGUACGUACUGGACGCAUCCCGCAGUGACAUGUGGCAGUGGUUUGAUCUCCCGUUCUACGAUGGCAACGUACUGGAUGGAUUUUAGACCAUACGGGAUAACG